AUGCUUCAUGGUGUCCCUCUUCCGUCCACAGAAAAACAGUGUCUUCAGUAUGCCGCCAAUCAGGUCCUGUCCUUCUUAUCAUAUCUUGGUCGAACCGAGGUAGAGAUUCGAGGGGACAACGAACCAUCGAUGGCGAUGCUCUUGGACAAGAUUGUGACAGCCAGGACCGCUGCUAAGCUUGCGACUAGGAAAGCUCCUUCUCAACCACACGAACAUCAAACCAAUGGGGCUGCUGAGCAGGCAAUCUUGAGCUUGAGGGACAUCGGGAGUACUUUGUUACAACAAGUCCGUGCUUGUGGGUAUGUCUUGAGCAAUGAGUCUGACCUAGUUCCAUGGGUGUAUCCACACGCUGCUACCCUUCACAACCAGUAUGCGGUGUCGGCGGGAACCACACCCUAUGAACGUGCCUUCGGUGUUCAAUACAAAGGAAAACUUGCGAUGUGGGGGGAGACCGUGUACUUCAGCCUUGCAGAACCGCAUAGAAGAAAGGGCAAAGAGAAGUUCGUGAAAGGAAUUUUCUUGGGAAAGACGAUGCAAAACGACCUUAACAUCUGUGGGACCGCUCUGGGGAUUUACCUGAGUUCGACGAUUCGUCGGCUACCUGAAUCGCAGCAAUGGGACCGAAUCUUGCUGAGAGAGUUCAAAGGAAAGCCCUGGAGAUAUGGUCUUGCAGGGAUGGGUCUCAAAGUGAUCCCAGGCUUGAAAGAACGAGUUCCUCAACCAGCUGCGUUGCUGGAUCCCGUGGUACCGGUAGCCCCGGCACCACCAGCACCACCACCACCUGCGGUGGGAGAAGGACCUGCGGAUGAAGCUGCCUCUGAUCCUGAGUCUUCGGCAAGUUCGGAUAAGAUGACAACAGACAGUGAGAAGAAAUCCGAAACCCAUGAAGAUCGAAAACGUGAUCGAACAGAGUUGGAUGAGGAAGCCCGAGCCCCAAAAGAAGCACGUGCCUCAGGAUCGGCGAUGGAGACAGGAGGGGAAGAGACUUCAGCAGAGUCUCCUCCAGAACGUAAAGGAGAGAAGCGGUUGCAGGCUCCACCGUUCUAUGCUGGGGUUGAAAGUCCAUCAAAACGUGUUCGAGCAGUCAAAGUAGGUGAUGCCGAGUAUUACGUGGGAGAUGAAGAUCUAGAUGAUUGGUGGAACAUGGUAGAGUUUGAUGCCCGGUAUUUCGAGGAAGAUGAUUGGAUGGACUACAGCCCUGAAAAUGACCCUGAGAAGUUGUGGGAAGGUCAAGGUGAGAGUGAAGGACCGCCAGUCCUAAGUCCGGAGCAGUUAGAAGAAGUGGAAAUCGUGUCAAGGAGAGAUGAGUUGCAGCGACUACUGGAGAUGUCCGUGUUGGAAGCUAUGGAGGAGGCCGUGCAUGUCCCCAAAGAGAAGCUCCUCAAAACACGCCAUGUGUACGAUUGGCGCUUUCGGUCAAACAAGUGGCAACGUCGUGCACGCUUGGCUUGUAAGGAACUCAAAGCAUGGUCCCCUUCCCGACAGGACAAUGCUCCGAGUACAUGUCCUUCGAUGCUCCGAGUCCUUCCCCACAUGUUUGUGAGCACCCCGGGCUACAUACUGCAAUCGUUUGAUGUGAAAGAUGCGUUCCUCAUUGUAGAUCAGAAAGAAGAGCUUUUCGUAGAACUCAAUGGCGUUAUCUCCAAAGUCAAGAAGUGCUUGCCCGGCCAGCAGUUAGCUCCAGUACAUUGGCAUGAUCAGUUGAGUGAGGACCUCGCCCGAUGCAACCUCAAGAGCAAUGUGGCAUGCCCCGUGGUGUAUGGUGGUGAGAACCUUGGUGCCACGAUUCAUGUAGAUGAUGGACUUCUUGGCGGAUAUGAAGAUCGAGUCAACAGUGCUGUAAGUGUUCUGCAACAAAAGUAUCGCCUAGAAGUGAGCCCAGUUGUGAAGAACAUUGGCGACCAGCUGAAAUUCCUCAAGAGGACCUUGGAAGUGGUUGAAGAUGGGUUGAAGAUCCAUAUCGAUGCCAAGUAUAUUGAGAAGGUGGUUAGUAUCUGUGCUUUUGGAUCUUCGCCAAUCCUGGAUGUCAUUCUUGCUUCGCAUCAAGUAAACUGGCAGGUGGACAUUUCCAAUCCACGCCAUCGUAAGGUACCAGCAACCCACGACCUGACAAAGAAAGACGAGUCGGAGUACUUGGACGAGGCACAUGUGGGGCGAUACAGAGCGGCAUUGGGGUGUUUGCUGUACAUCAGUCCGGAAAGACCUGACGUUCAACAUUGUGUAGGUGUGCUAGCACGUGGGAUGAGUAAGCCUACGGUGAAGCAGCUCAAGCACCUGAGAUACCUGACUGAGUAUUUGUAUGCUACGAGAGACUACUGUCUUGUGUUGCGCUGGAGUCGGCCCGGAAGAUCGGUGAUGGAGGAAUCCCUUCGUUGUCAACCCAAGGCAGAAGAUGUGGAACGAAUGGGCGAUGAACGACCAGCGCGAUUGUUGGAAGCCAUCAGCGACUCGGACUGGGCAUCUAGUGCAGACAGGAAGUCCAUAAGCUGUGGACACCUAUAUUUGGAUGGGAACUUGGUGUUUUCAUAUUCAAGACCACAGUGCUCAAUCAGCCUCAGUUCAUGCGAAUCCGAACUCAUAUCGGCCACCUCAGUGAUUGCCGAAUCACUCUUCUUAAAGAACAUCCUCGAAAGCUUGUCGGGUCUUCCGGUUGAUGUGGUGGUGCGCUUAGACAACUCAGCGGCUCGCAGCUUACUGGUGAAGUGUGGAGUGUCUAGGAUUAGACACCUGGACUCCUUUGGUGCCAGGGUUUAG